AUGAGCAGAGCACCCCAGGUGUCGAUACUGGAUCCAGUCUUGUUUAACAUCUUCAUUAACGAUCUGGACAAUGGGGUAGAGUGCACCCUCAGUAAAUCUGCAGAUGACGUGAAACUGAGUGGAGUGGCUGACCCACCAAAAGGCCAUGCUGCCAUUCAGAGGGACUUCGGCAGGCUGGAGAGGUGGGCUGGCAAGAAUCUCAUGACACUCAGCAAGGAGAAAUGUAAUGUCCUGCACCUGGGUAGGAACAACCCCAGGCACCAGAACAUCCUGGGGGCCACUGAACUGGAAAACAGCUCUGUAGAAAAGGAUCUGGGGGUGCUGGUGGACACCAAGGUGAACAUGAGCUCACUAUGUGCCCUUGCCGCUAAGAAGGCCAACAGUAUUCUUGGCUGCUUUAGGAAAAUAUCACCAGGAGGUCAAGAGAGCACACCUGGACUUAAGGCAGCAUCUGUACCUGUCCUCCACUUCGGAGAUAAAGAGCCUCCAACCAGGAAAACAGCCAGAGGAAGCCCAUACUCCUACUACUGGCUAAAAGUGCCUUUGCACGGUCCUGGAUCUGAAAGAAACACACCAGGCGUUAUUACAAAUGAAGGCACUGCUUCUGGUUCUGGAAGUCAUCCUCAGAAGCCUGGCAAAGUGCCUGCAGGCACUGUCGUUGUAGACAGCCUCUCUCACAACUCCUCGAGCCACCUGCUUCUUACCACAGCUGAGGACAGGAGCCACUUUUCUGAAAGAGAGGGGAUGGCAGUUUCUGCAGUUGCUUUACAGGAUCAUAUAAUACACAGUCAUCAGCUCCAGGAUCUUUCAUUAGCAGAUCCUUUUAAGUCAAGGUCAAGGAAUAUCAGAAACAUUUACAAACCUGUGAACAAAGAGAUGGCCAAAGCAGUAGUAGAUACUGGACUACGAAAAAAGAGCACUCGCCACAAAAAUAAAGAUGCAGAAAGGGAGUAUGUGCUUGAUCCCAAUCCUCCCCGUCUAACAUUAGCUCAGAAAUUAGGACUAGUUGAGCCCCCUUCCUUGCCACUAACUGCUGAAGAAUGGGCAAAAAUAAAGCAGAGAUCCGUACAGCAUGGGGAUUCCAUACAGCCUUGUGCAAUAUGCAGGGAAGAGUUUGCACUUCAGCCUCAGGUACUGCUGCUUUCAUGUUCCCAUGUAUUUCAUAAAGCAUGCCUGAAAGCCUUUGAAAAAUUUACAGGUAAAAAGUCUUUUCCUAUGUGUAGGAAAAAGCAGUACCAGACCAGAGUAAUACAUGAUGGGGCCCGCUUGUAUAAAAUAAAGUGUGCUAUUAGAAUUCAAGCCUCCCGGAGGGGAUAUAUUGUUAGAAAAUGGUAUAAAAACUUGAGAAAAACUGUGCCUCCUAAAAACAGCAAACUAAGAAAACAGUUCUUUGAGGGAAAGGUUCAACAGAUCAGUAAUCAUCUGUUGAGUUCUUAUGACAUAAACCUAGAUGAUUUUUUUUCCGUGAUAGAUUCCACUAUAGCUGCAAGUCGAGAUGUGUUUCAGCAGGUGGAAGGAAAAGAGAUGUUUAUAAGUGAAAAUGACUGGGAGAAGAUCCAGAUGCAGGCAUUGCAGCAGGAGAUAGUUGACUGUCCUAUCUGUAUCAUGCCACUCAGUUCGACUUCUCAUCCUGCCAGUAUCCUUUCUGGUAACAGCAAUCAGUUUUCACGACAGGCUGUUCUGCUUUCUUGUUCACAUCUGUUUCAUCAUACCUGUCUUCAAGCAUUUGAAGAGUUUUCCUUGGGAGUACGGCAUAUUUGCCCUUUAUGUCGCUCAUAUUACCAAAAGAAGGUCCUCAAAUGUUGA